AUGGUAAGUCCAGGACAUGUAUUAACAGAUUUCGAUAGUUGGACGAUGGUAAGUCCAGGACAUGUAUUGAGAGUCAUCGACAGUUUGAGGAUGGAUUCCGAUAGCUGUUGGCCCAAUCCCUGUCCUGAUGGUACAAAGUGUGCUCUGUCCAAAAGUAACGGUGAUUUCUGCUUAUCAUAUGACUGUCCAAGUGUUACGCUCCACAGUUGUGGAUUUGAGAAUGAGAAUGAUACAUCAUGUAUUUUCAAGAAUUCAUUGCAGGAUGAUUUUGAUUGGACACGUCAUUUUGGUGGUACCCCUUCAUCAAAUACUGGACCAACAAAGGCAGCUUCCGGAAGUUACUACAUGUACACAGAGGUGUCAAACGUACAGAAUGGGGAUAGAGCUGUACUUACAACACAAACAGCUAGCUUAACGGCAAGUAGUUUCUGUCUGUCAUUCCAGUAUCAUAUGAAGGGCGCGCCUGGAACAUUAAAAGUAUUUGCUGGAGACAAAAAUUCUUCUUUAACAAGUAUCUGGGAGAAAUCUGGAGUGCAACCAUAUCCUGAGCAAUGGAAAUAUGUUAAUAUACAAAUACCACAAUUCAAUAACCCAGUUGUCUAUGAAUGUGGUGUUUACAGACUUUUAUUUAGCUUUAAUGGUGAGGAACUACCACCAGAGGUUCGAUCGAUCGAAAAUUGUAUAGCUAUUAUCAUGACAACUGACGGUUCCGUCAACAAAGGUGGAUUCAGUGCUAAUUUUUACAAGAUAACAUCCUAA